UUCCAGAAGCGAACUAUUAAAAUAAACAAGCAUAGACAAUUGGACAGUAAGACCUAUGGAAAGGCGGACGAUUAUCUGACCUUAAUUCAGAGGAUGCCUUUCAAAGUCAGGGUGUACGAGCUCAGGCAAACUUGACGCAGGCCCCACCCCCACCAGCAGCGUGGUCUCUCGGGCAUCACAGACGACGCCCCGCCGCACGCCCCGCCCCCCUCGCCCGCGCGCGCCCGUUUCCAUGGCGACGCGGCACCAGGCCGGGGCACUCGAGCCACCAAGUGGGAGUGCAGCGACGGCAGAGGCGGCGGCAGAGGCGGCGGCAGCGGCGACAUGAGGGCGGGGGUGGCGGCGGCCGGGCAGCGGCCCCCCAGCUCGGGGCUCCCGGGCUCCCGGGGCACGUCGCGCCUGCGCCCGCCCGCCAUCCUCCAGGCCGCGCAGCACAGCACGCAGGUUGGGCUCAUCGAGGCGCAGAAGCGGGUCGUGGACCUGGAGAAGAGCCUGCAGUUCCUGCAGCAGCAGCACUCGGAGACACUGGUCAAGCUCCACGAGGAGAUCGAGCACCUCAAGCGGGAGAACAAGGCCAACUCUCAAGGAAAGGCCAGGCCCCGGCCCAGCUUCUCCAAGAAGCAAGACUCAAAAACUGACAUUCCUCCGAAGACGGACCUGGAAGAGAAGACCCCAGCUGCUGCCCUGUUUCACAACAGCAAGCGGGACCAAGCCCCAGGGGUGCAGGGGCAGGCCAAUGCCUGUUCCAGAGAUGAAGAAGUGGAGACGUCCAGUGCAGCAGCCCCCUGGGUGGCAGGCAGCCAGCACAAGGGCAAGCAGCCCCCCGUGAUGAAUCUGCCCCUGCACCUGCGCAAGCCCACCACGCUUCAGCAAUGCGAAGUGGUCAUCCGCCAGCUGUGGAACGCCAACCUCCUGCAGGCCCAAGAGCUGCAGCACCUCAAGGCCCUCCUGGAAGGGAACCUGAGGAGGCCCAAGGCUGCAUCUGAGGAGGCCGGCCCCAGCUCUCCCAAGGACCAGGAGGCCCUUCACCAGGGAGCCAUGCAGCUCCCCAAGGUCCCCACCAAGGGCAUCCCCAAGAAAUGCCUGAUUCUGAGCCCUAUGCCCGUGGCAGAGCGCCCCAUCCUGCCCGCGCUGAAGCAGACCUUGAAGAGUAACUUUGCUGAGCGGCAGAAAAGGCUGCAGGUGGUGCAGCGCCGGCGGCUGCACCGCUCUGUCCUUUGAGGCGGGCGGCACGUGUCGACGUCUGCAUGCCAGGUCAGGGCCAGGCCAAUGCCCUACAGCUGGAGACGCUAACCCUCUCUAGAUAGCACUUCAAAAGAAUUCGACCACGUUUAGGCCGCACGAAAUUCCAGAUAAGCAAAGUUCAUGGCAGAUAAAGUACUUGGUUGCUCUCAGAACCGAGACACUGUUUUCUUGCUCGGUAUUUUGCUAUUCUGCAUUUACACAAAAACACAUUAAAUAAGUAUUACCCUACCUGUUGAAGACUGGAAAUAAAGCUCGUUUCUCCACUUGUGAA